AUGCUUCCACCAUUAAUACCACCAUUCCGUUAUGCUAUUGUUGAGGAUGAAGUAUAUAGGGGAGCAUAUCCCAAAAAUCGGAAUCAUCGUUUUCUUAAAAGACUUAAAUUAAAGACAAUGCUUUCUCUAAUUCCUGAUCAACCAGUUCUUGAAUUAUUGGAAUUCUGUCAAGCUCAGAAUAUUCGUAAUAUUCAUCUUCAAGUUAGUAAAGUAAAGGACAACGUACCUUUGAGUUAUAGCAAAGCUAUUCAAGCUGUACAAAUAAUUAUAGAUCCAUCAAAUCUACCAAUAUUUAUUCAUUGCUUAGAUGGUGCAAAUGUUACUGGUCUAGUCGUUGCUUGCUUGCGAAAAUUACAAAUGUGGAGUAUUCCUUCGUGUAUGGGUGAAUUUCUUCGAUAUCUUCGCGGUGGUGUAAUAUCAUCAGAAGAAAGUGAGUUCAUCGAAAAAUUUUCAGGAGAAAUCGAAAUUCCUCGGACAAUUCCUCAAUGGUUAUGGGGUGGUCACGUUACUUCGAAUAAACACCCAAGGUUAAAACUUAAAUUUUUAGACCCUGGAGUUAUUGAACAAUCUGAACAAAUAAAGAAAAGUGGGACAAGCAUUGAAAUGGAUAAUAAAGAAGAUUACCGCAAGAGAGUUAACGGCAAAUAUGGACCAAGCGAAGUAUCAAUGACAUUACAAGCUUUAGCAUUAGAAGGUCUAGAUGAUAUUAAUGAUUGA